AUGCAUCCGAUUGAUUAUUGUUUAACUCGUAGUUUCCUUUGCAGAAAAUCCCGCAAUCUGAGCGAGAAGAAGCGGCGGGAUCAGUUCAACUCACUGGUCAACGAUCUGAGCGCUUUAAUAUCGACCUCUAGCAGAAAGAUGGACAAGUCCACGGUCCUCAAGUCCACCAUAGCCUUUCUGAAGAACCAUAAUGAGGCCACGGACCGCUCCAAGGUUUUCGAGAUACAACAAGACUGGAAGCCCACGUUUCUGAGCAACGAUGAAUUCACCCAUCUAAUGCUCGAGUCCUUGGAUGGCUUUAUGAUGGUCUUUAGCAGCAUGGGCUCCAUCUUCUAUGCCUCGGAAAGUAUUACCUCUCAGCUGGGAUAUCUGCCGCACGACCUGUACAACAUGACCAUCUAUGACCUGGCUUACGAGAUGGACCACGAGGCACUGCUGAACAUCUUCAUGAAUCCCACGCCUGUGAUUGAGCCCCGGCAGACGGACAUCAGUUCUAGCAACCAGAUCACUUUCUAUACACACCUGCGGCGCGGGGGGAUGGAGAAGGUGGAUGCCAAUGCCUACGAACUGGUCAAAUUUGUGGGUUACUUUCGCAACGAUGCCAAUAUGUCGGCGGGCUCUAGUUCUGAUGGCUCCAAUGGCGGCGGCGGGAACGGACUGCCUGCUGUCUUGCCACGAAUCUUCCAGCAGAAUCCCAAUGCCGAGGUGGACAAGAAGCUGGUUUUUGUGGGCACCGGCCGCGUGCAGAAUCCCCAAUUGAUCCGCGAGAUGAGCAUCAUUGAUCCCACGAGCAACGAAUUCACCUCGAAGCACAGCAUGGAGUGGAAGUUCCUGUUUCUCGAUCACCGCGCGCCGCCGAUCAUUGGCUAUAUGCCGUUCGAGGUGCUGGGCACCUCGGGUUACGAUUACUACCACUUUGACGAUUUGGACAGCAUUGUGGCGUGCCACGAAGAGCUGCGACAAACGGGCGAGGGAAAAUCCUGCUACUACCGAUUUCUAACCAAAGGCCAGCAGUGGAUCUGGCUGCAGACGGACUACUAUGUGAGCUACCACCAGUUCAACUCCAAGCCGGACUACGUGGUCUGCACCCACAAAGUGGUCAGCUACGCGGAGGUCCUCAAGGACAGCCAAAAGGAGCGUACCAAGUCCAGCAGCGGCAGCAGUCAAAACAAUGGAAACAGCAAGGUUGUGGCCUCCACGGCUAACAGCAGCAAAUCCGUCUCCGCCACCACAACCCUCAGGGACUUUGAGAUGGGCAACCAGAACUUGGACAGUGCGUUGCUGGGCAACAGCCAGGCCAAUCUGGGCAAUGAGACGACGGCCACAUCACCCACCGUAGACUCGUCGCCCAUGUGGUCGGCAUCAGCGGCUCAGGCUUCCGGCUCCUGUCAAGUGAAUCCCCUGAAGACAUCACGACCUGCCUCGAGCUAUGGCAAUAUCAGUUCCACGGGGAUCUCCCCAAAGCCCAAGCGAAAGUGUUAUUUCCACACCAGCCGGGGAAAUGAGUCCGAUUCCACUUCCAUUUCGGCGGAUUCUGUUACCAGCAGGCAGUCCAUGAUGACGCACGUCAGUUCGCAAAGCCAACGGCAGCGAUCGCAUCACCGUGAACACCAUCACAGUCAGUCGCAUCAUAACCACCAGCAGCAGAGCCAGCAGCAGCAGCAACAUCAACAUCAGCAGCAGCUGCAGCACCAACAGCUGCACCAGCAACUGCAGCAGGGCGUAGGUCCGCCCAAGAUGGUGCCCAUUCUGCCGAUUGCUCCUGCCCAGCUGAUGGCCAACAAUGCAUGCCAGUUCCCUCAACCCGCCUACCCACUUGCUAGUCCCCAGUUAGUGGCGCCCACGUUCCUGGAGCCACCGCAAUAUCUUACCGCCAUACCCAUGCAACCGGUGAUUGCGCCGUUUCCGGUGGCGCCUGUGCUUUCGCCGCUGCCAGUGCAGGCACAGCAGGACCUGCUGCCCGACACCGUCGUGAUGACGCCCACGCAGAGCCAGCUGCAGGAUCAGCUGCAGCGUAAGCACGACGAACUGCAAAAGCUGAUACUGCAGCAGCAGAACGAGCUGAGGAUAGUCUCCGAACAGCUGCUUCUGGCCCGCUACACAUACCUGCAGCCCAUGAUGCCGAUGGGAUUUGCAACAACGAAUAUGGCGGCCACGGCCAUGGGAAAUAUGGGAUCAGGAAGUGGUCAACGUGGGCUGAACUUCUCCGGUAGUAAUGCAGUGCAGCCGCAGUUCAAUCAGUAUGGUUUUGCGUUGAAUUCAGAGCAGAUGCUGAACCAGCAGGAUCAGCAGAUGAUGAUGCAGCAACAGCAGAAUCUGCACACACAGCAUCAGCACAAUCUGCAGCAACAGCAUCAGAGUCAAACGCAACUACAGCAACACAAUCAGCAACAGCAGCAGCAACAGCAACAUCAGCAGCAGCAACAGCAACAACAGCAGCAGCAGCAACAAAUGUUGCAGCAGCAGAAUGAUCUAUUGUCGCGCGAGGAUAUCGAUGAUUUAUUUCUCAACUUGUCACCCCUGCAAUCUCUGGAUUCUCAGUCCACACUCAAUCAGCUAAAUGCUGGCUGCAACAAUAAUAGCCAGAACUACAAUGGUGGCAACAGCAGUCAGAAUAAUGGCAAUCAGAACAACAACAACGGCAGUUCGAAUCCCCCGCAGAACAACAACGAGGACUCCCUGUUGUCCUACAUGCAAAUGGCCACCGAAUCGAGUCCCUCCCUCAACUUUCACAUGGGCAUUAGCGACGAUGGCUCGGAGACCCAGAGCGAAGACAACAAAAUGAUGCACAGCUCCAGCAGCAGUCAGUUGCAGCAGCAACAUCAGCAGCAGCAACAGCACCAGCAGCAAAUGAUGCAGCAACACCAGCAGCAGCAGCAGCAACAGCAGUCAAACAACUUCUUCAGUUCGAAUCCCUUUCUCAGCAACAGUCAGAGUCAGAACCAAAAUCAGUUGCCCAACGAUCUAGAAAUAUUGCCCUACCAGAUGUCCCAAGAGCAAUCACAGAAUCUAUUCAACUCGCCGCACACCGCCCCCGGCAGUAGUCAAUAGCCCGUGCAGGUCCUUAAUGUAUAUAACUCUCUGUAGAUGUAGGCCCCCGCGUAUUAUGCUAGAAAUUAAUCAAGUUUGGCCUCUGGCUCUCUUUAUCAUCGACCCUUCUCCUGUAUUGGUGACCGAGAACUAGUUGUAGAUCUCAACAGACUGAG